ACUUUGCAUGCAACGAUUUGGCGAUGGCAACACAUUUGAGACCUAUAAUAGUGCGCAUUCCUGCUAUCACACUUCCCCCUGAACUACAACAAAUACUAGAUGAAGAUGAAGCUAACUUCGAUAUGGUCGUAGUUGAUCCGGCUGAAAUCUCAAAACUAAGUGAUGAGCUCGUCCAGAGAGUCGAAGGUUUGGUGCACUACACGCCGGAACAUUGUCACAUCGACGCAAAGUUGAUGGACUUAUUACCUAAUCUGAAGGUUAUUAGUAACUGCGGUGUUGGUGUUAAUCAUAUCGAUAUUGCGGCAGCUAGUGAGCGUGGAAUCGCCGUUGGGAAUACACCAGGGGCUGUCGAUGAUUGUACGGCCGAUAUGGGUUUUGCUCUUUUGAUGGCUUCUGCUAGAAACGUUGUCGAGGGAGAUAGAAUUGCCAGAAGUCCUGAAACAAAGCAGUUUAUUCACUUGCAUGGCUAUUUUGGCAGCAAGGUUAGUCGAUCAACUAUUGGAAUUGUUGGUCUGGGCAGGAUUGGAUGUGCUUUGGCAAAACGAGCCACUGGCUUUGACAUGAAAAUUCUCUACCACAACAGGAACAGGAAAGAAGUUGAGGAGAAACAAUUUGGUGCUCAGUACUGCAGUACUUUGGACGAUCUUCUGUAUCAGUCAGACUUUGUAGUGCUAUGCACCCCUCUCACAUCAGAAACAACAAAUAUGAUAACAACAAGAGAGUUAUCUUUGAUGAAACCAACAGCAACACUGAUCAAUAUCUCACGUGGGGGGGUUGUCAAUCAUACUGACCUGACCAAUGCACUGCAGAAUGGUGUAAUAAGAGCCGCUGCUCUUGACGUGACAGAACCAGAGCCUCUUCCCAGAGACCAUCCUUUGUUAAAACUGUCUAAUGUAACAUUGACGCCUCAUUUUGGCUCCGCAACUGCUGGCACAAGAAUGAAAAUGAUGGAAGCGGUUCUGAUGAAUUUAAAAGCUGGUCUGAUUGGAGAGAAGCUACCUUUUGGAUUGAAUUGAAGUCAGAUUCUAUUUCCACUGUGGGAUCAAGUGACCUCUUUUUCAACUUCUUCAUGCUUCGUGCUGUCGUGUUUUGUCGUCCUGGUUUACACUGUAUAUCCCAGUAUUUAUACACUGGCCAGUUGUCAUCCUUGUACUCUUAACAAUUGUUUUUGUAAUCAAUUUACUUUGUGCCCCUCCCUAACUAGCUGCGCGAACAAGGCUAAUUUCCCGAGAAAAAAACGAUUCUUUAGGAACAGCCGUGGUGUUAUGGGACAAUGCACUAUAAUCAAGAAAAUAGUGCUAAUAAUAAUAAUAAAAAUUGGCAUACCACUCAAAAGAAAAAAAAAUAUACUGCUUUUGCAAAUACAUUUUAUUGCAUAUCAGCAGGGUUAUAAGGCAAAAAUCAGACAUAUCUUUCCUGGUGUUUUAAAGCCUUAGAAACUAAAUACCAGUAAUGUAUAGGACUAGAUAUCUCAGUAACGUUCUUCUAAAUAAAGCUACUGAAAUCGUUACACGAAAAUCUACAUUACUUUCUUUAAUAUACUCUUGUAUCUUUUUAGUUAGCAGUACCACUGAAAUAUGCGUUAAUUCAUAUAAAAAUCUAUAACUACAUCUCAGUUGAUACAAGCAAAUGAGAAACCUCCUUUUAUACAAGCUAUCAAGACUAUUCUAAAACAUAUUGUAAAAUACACGUUCUUUAAUAGAUAAAAAAAAAAAAUGCACAGUAGAGAGAAAUUUUUGCAUACAUGUAGCUUUAAAGCGAAAUUUCAUCGAAGAUUUUAAACUAGGGGGGAGCACCCUAGUUUGAGGUGUACUUUUAAAUAUGAUAUUUUACCUAAAGAGGAGAUUAAAUGUUUUAACAGGAGACAGGAGUUAAGCAAGUGUCUCACACCACCCUUCCCUGGCUCAGCUUAACAAAUUCUGCUCAAACACUUUUUACUGAUCUUACUCGAUGUCUAAGGAAUGUAGAAACGUUUGAAGGAUUCUAUAUGGGGAAGGGGGGAGGCUCCUCUUUCUUCGGCCUAGUAGGAGGUAUGCUGCUAGACAUCAGAUGGUGUAAGUAACUUCAAACAGGAUAUAAAUGAAGUUAACUCGAUACUAACGGUGAAUGGAAGUUAAAUUAGACUUGCUCCAGGUAGACUUUUCUAUACGCAGAACAAGAGAGACAAAAUCGCGAAACGGUCGACGAAAGAUUAGCCUUCCCUCCCCUCCCCUCUCCCCCAGCCAAGCAAUCGGUCCAUACAAUGUUGCUCGAUAGAACUACCACUCCGCCCCAAUUAGCACUUUCUUAACAACGUUUCGUCAGAUGAAUCAUUUUACACACUUGGAUCCUAGAGAAUGUAGUGUUGUGCUAUAAUAAGCACAGGUCUCGGAGAGGAGGUGAAUUCUUAUCCGGGCCCGACUGGUGGGAACACGUUAAAUACUAAAAGAAUGGAAAUUAAACAUUGCAAAAUUUUCAUCACUCCUGCUUUCAUUUCAGACUGUAUGUUGUGUAAAACAAAACGAGAAACAUGCUUUCAAUAGCAGAUAACAAGUAUCUAAUCAAAACUGACCGGUGACUAUGUCAGGGAUUAUUGCCAAACAAACAAUCCAGGAAACUUCAUUGUGUUGUUGCUUACUUCUUACAAAAGAGUUGGCGUCCUUUCUAACCCAUAAAGUUUCCAUUUCGUCUUAGUUUGGAAAGCCUCUCAUUUGGGUUCUGGUUCAGUAAUACAACAGAUUUUACACGGUUGGUAGUUUUACUUCUUUUGCCGAGAUUCACGGUCACUAUAGUAG